CAGCCAAGCCAAGCAGCCAAGCCUCCCAUCUCCUGUUUUCUGUGUGAAGUUAACUGAGGACGUGAGCUGCCAAUUCUUCUUUAGAAUCUCUGAGAGAGACAGAGAGAGGGUCUGAAAUGGAAGCUGAGAGAAAGCUGUCGGUGGAGGCAGAGGCGAUAUUCAGAGAAGGCGUAGCAUUGGUUCUGUCUCGGUGGUCGGCGCUCCAAUUGGCCGUCGACAACGAGUGGGGCGGCCGUGACUCUCGCCGCAAAUCGGAGCAACUCGCCGCCGACGUCUUCUCCUGGUUCACUCAGUCUAAAGAGGUUCUUUACAUAGAUGACUUAGAAGAUAUUCUGAAUGAAGCUAUGCUUUCUCUUAAUACCGUGACAGAGGAUGGCAGCAUUGAGGAGGUAGCUGAAAAGUUAAUGUUUAUGAAUGAAGAAUGUUUGAAUGGUGAUUUCAAGUCUGUUGAAAGCCUAAGAGAAUCCAAUCAUCGAAGAGUUGCUCUUCCUCAUGUUAAACAGGGGAAUCACGAUGAUGAUGAUGAUGACGACAAUGAAAGAGAUGAUACCCUCGAGAAUGAUGGUCCGUCAAACAUGAUGGUGGACACACCAGAGUCCCAGUCAAAUUCAAAUCUAGUAGACAUGACAGACAAUAAACCAACUCCCAAGCCGGCAGCUAAAACAGAAGAUGGAUGGGAAGUAGUUGGACCAAGGCGUAAUAAGGGUAAAAGGAAUUAGGUUGAACUCCUAACUAUACUUCCCUAAAAAAUUUUGCCAUUUCUAUCUCUGUGUCAAGUAGAGUUUCUGUAAUAGUAUAUUGUUUGAUUAUGGUGAUAAUAGCUGGUUGGUUUGUUUUGUUUUUGCCUAUUUGCCCUGUAUUAUUUUUCCUUGGACCAUAAUGACAGAAUCAUAUUUGAAUCUCUCUGACAAUGGCAUACAAGACAAUUGAAUUU